CAAAGCUAAACACCACCACUAACUCGAUCACCAGAAUAAAGGCCAGCCAACAACACCAGGUCCCCCUAGCGAACAAUGCACCACCAAAGACCCGUCCCCAAACGAACCCGCAAGAUCCACGCUCCUAAAGUCCGGACCGGCUGCAUCACCUGCAAAAUCAGAAGAGUCAAAUGCGACGAAACCAAACCAGCCUGUCUCCGCUGCAUAAAGUGGGGAGGCGACUGUGACGGCUACGCGAGUAAACCCUCUCAACCACCUCCCGACGCUAUCAAGAAGCGCCUGAUCCUCCCCGCCGCCAUCACCGAGCCCCUAUGUCGCUCACCCGCUAAUUCGCCGUUUACCAACGAUCUCGAAUACCAGGCUUUCCAAGAAUUCUCGCAGCAUACCGCCAAACACCUAACCGGGUUCCGGGACUCGGAUAUCUGGAGUAAAGUCGUCCUCCAAGCCUCCGAGACAGAUUCAUGUAUCCGGCACGCCGUGACGGCCAUCGGGGCUUUGAAUUUCAAGGAUUGGGUAAGGAAGGAUAAUGAGAAGGCACGGUUGGAGUUUGCGUACCGAGAGUACGAUAGAGCGAUCGUAGGGCUGAGGAACGCGGGACCGCAAGCGGACAUCAGGACGAAGCUGAUCUCGUGCAUCUUGUUUGCGUGUUUCGAGUCCUAUCACGGCAACAGCGAGACGGCGACCGCGCAGGUGUUUGCGGGCAUCGAGUUGAUGGAGCAGUAUUCGCGCCAGCGCCUCCGGCCGCCAUCGACGACGACCGAGUAUGUCCAGCAACGAGGAGGCCCAAAUUCGAAGAGCAUGCCCCCGCUCGACAAGGAAAUCGUCGAGACGUUCAUGCUGUUCGAGAUACAAUCCUCGUCCUACUCCGACGGGCGCACCACAGACAAGCACCGCGAGCGCAUGAAGAGAUUCGGCAACACGGUCCAGAAAAUCCCCAAGGAGUUCACGACCCUCAAACAAGCAUCCUCGAUGCUCUCCCGCAUCCUGCUCUGGGGCAUCCACGUCCGCUUCACGCAAGACGGCACCGAUUUCACGCCCCCCUCCGCCGCUUCAUCCGAGCAACUCCCGCCGCUUCUCGGGCUCCGCCGCUGCACGACCGUGUACGCCGAGCUCGCGAAAGCGAUGAACAAGUACAAACAAUGGGAAUCGGCCUUCGAGCCCCUGCGCACUAAAGCCCGGCGCGCGCCCGGCUCGAAACUGUUUAACGGGGUGGCGCUGCUGCAGUUGCAUUGUCUGUCGUCGUACAUCUGGCUCGCGGCCGGCUCGCCCAGUCGUGCGAUGUACUAUAGGAAGUAUACGCGCUACCUGCGGGAGAUUGUUGAUUUAGCUAAGAUUUUGAACGCGCAGCAGACGGAGGGGUCAUUUUCGCUGGAUUUUAGAACGGUGUUGCCGUUGAUGAUUGUGAGUGCGAAUUAUCGCCAUAUAGCGAUCCGGCGGGAAGUCAUUGAGAUCUUCUCGUCGCGGCCGCGGCGGGAGGGGCUUUGGGAUUCGGCGCUGCUGGGACGCAUUAUGGGGUGGGUGGCGGAUAUUGAGGAGGAGAGCGUGGAUUUGCGGGGGGAGGAGUAUGUGCCGGAGGAGCGGGUUGCGGAGAUUGUGGAUAUCAAGCAGGAUGCGGGGACGAGGUCGGCGUUUGUGACGUGUAGGCAGGGGCCGGAGGAUGGGGAGGGGAUAAUGCAUGAGACGACGUUGUAUUGGUGAUUCGAAAUAGUUGGAGAUGAGGGAAUGUUAGUUUCCGCGUUGGAGUAGUGAGCCUCAAUAACUGGGCUGGGGAGAGUGCUGGAUGUCACGUGGUACUGGGUAAUCCUCAAUGAUUAAAUGAAAUAUACAUAAUGAUACAAACUCUCAUUCUAUGAGUAGUCUCUAUAAAUGUCAUGCGC